GUGGCCUAAGGCAUGCAGUUGCCAGUAUAGCAGGUCUUGAGGCUUACAAGUACAUGAAAUUUGAAGGAGGGGUGCAUCGAGUUCAGCGAGUGCCAAAGACAGAAAAACAAGGACGCAUUCACACCAGCACAAUGACUGUUGCAAUAUUACCCCAACCCACCGAGAUGAGACUGCAGAUUAAUCCAAAAGACCUGCGCAUAGAAACGAAGCGGGCUAGUGGAGCUGGAGGCCAGCAUGUCAAUACCACAGACAGCGCUGUACGGAUAGUUCAUAUUCCAACAGGGAUUGUGUCGGAGUGUCAGCAAGAAAGAUCUCAGAUUAGAAACAAAGAGAAGGCUAUGCAAAUGCUAUGUGCUAAACUAUACAAUGCCAAACUGGAAGAAGAAACCAAAAAGAGAAACAGCGUUCGAAAGAUUCAAGUUGGGACUAAAGGAAGAUCGGAGAAGAUCAGAACAUACAACUUUCCACAGGACCGGAUUACUGACCACAGGAUAAGCAGAUCGGUGCAUCAUAUUGAGUGUUUCAUGCUAGGGGAAGAAAUGCUAGAUGAAAUGAUACAGACUCUGAAAGAAUAUGCUGAUUAUGAAUCCUUAAUGGAAAUCAUUUCAGAGAAUGAAAAAAAGAAUCUGUCCUGAAUGUUGCUCUUUGUCAGCCCUUUGCAACAGGUGUAGACAUGUGUCUGCAAAGGAGCUUCUUGGAGCACCACCCAGAAAAUGCAACUGCUUUUCAGAUCAUGAACGACACCACAACUUGUUUCCUCAUGACUGAUAAACAGUUUUCUUACUUGCUGCGUAAAA